AUGCCUUUAACGACACCGGUUCUCACGGUGGACGCGGACAAUAUUCAUAAGGUGGAUACCGCCAACGCUCAAAGUCUUCAUGGAAUGUGGAUGGUCUUUUCCAAAUGUGCCGACUACAUGGACCAGGGCCGUCGACUUGAAAACCUCAGUUGGCGGUUGUGGACUCGCGAAACCUUCUGUGUCGAACCUGAAAAGUCUAACAGCACUUCUGCCCUCCCAUUGCUACGAUCCGAAGCUGGGGAUUUGCCCGAACUCUCCGCCAGUGUCGAGUCGGCCGCAUCUGACCAAGCCGAGCGAAUCGAAGCUCAUAUCAAGCGUCCCAAGUUUUCCGACUAUCGACCAGCUGUUGUUCGCGAGGACUCACUAGCCAGCCUCGGCCGUGGCAAAGAGAAGCACAUCACCUCGUUGGAUUUGGAGCGGAUGGUCCUCAACAUUAAGGAAAAGAAGCAACUGGAGCCCAUGCCUACUGUCGAGCCUGCUGCCCCCGUUGUUGACAUUACUCCUCGCCCAUCCACCCCCACCCCCACUCCUCCCUCCGUCUCUACCGCUCGUCAGGUCCCUAAUUUCUCCGUCCGACCGACCCCAUACCCUCAUGAGUCGACUGAAUCCUGCUCGACGACUGCCCCCGAGGGCAACGAGAGCGACUCUGCACAGGUCAACGCGUCCGAUACUAGCGUCUCAUCUUCCGGAAUUCUUCCCAGCCGACCUCAAUUAGUCAAGUCUACCAGCAUUGUUCGUGGAUUCUCUCCAUCACACAUUUCAUCUUCAUUCAGAUCCCAACCAAGACUGUCUAUCGAGCCUAGUCCUUCUCGUUCUGCUACGCAACUGAAGCCUUCUCCCUUGAAGAAGAAGGGAGGCAUGUUUACAUUGGGCGGAUCCUCUGGGGAUGACGAUGAAAGCUCGUUUGAAGAGCGCAUGGUUCCCCAGGCGGCCCAGGAGAACGCGACCGGGGCGUUGAAACCGAAAAACAAUACAGACCCUACGAAAAAGACUGCUUCCUUCAGCAAUCAGGUCUCGUCCCACAUCAUUCCUAACUCGAAGGACAUCAGUCGAUCCGACGAGGACGCCAUCGAGACCGACGAUGAAGUCUCGGAGAGUGCGAUCGAAGAUGACGAAGAUUCUGAUUGGGAAGAUUCCAUCACUGAAGGUGGCGAGUCCAGCGUUGACGAACAAGGAGGAAUGUUCCAACGGGUUGACUCCCGACCCAAUUUGGUCUCGCGCCGCUCGAUGCUCACUAUGAUGAUGCACCAGCCGGCCCGCAUGCAAGGGAACGCGUUCCGGUCCAGUCCCGCACUUCAACGAUCGCGGUUGACCUCACCCAGCGGUCCAUCUAUCCCCCAGUCCCCUCCCAGCAACGAAGAGGAAAGUUUGGUCAUGCGUGGUCCCGAUGUUCCCCGAUCGAAGCCUAUUGUCAUGAAUACCAACGCUUCGCAGUCUAUGGCACACUCUCCACGAACCACCCGUCGUAACAUGCUUGCUACUGAAUUGACCGAGUCUCUCCGCCGACAUCUUCUCUGGGAGCGCCAGCAGAAGAGCGCAACUGCGAACGCUUUCCUCAAGCGUCGCCACACCGCCCACGACAUGAAGAACCUUCAGGAGUAUCCUGGUCCUAAGGGUCCCCACAAGGGAGUUGGUCCCAACCAGGCUAGUGCUGAAGCAGACCCUAAUGCUGCUGACCUGGGCAAGAAUGGCUCCUGGACCAACUACACCACUGACUACGGUCCCUGGGAGUACCAUGUGAAGGGAUGGUAG